UUCGAACAUAAUUUUUUAUGGGCAGAGUUGGGCCGUUUGUUGCAGGUGUUUUCUCAUGUCUGCGAACAAAUCCAGAUACGACAGUGGUGGGAGCCGUCCGGAGAGAGGGAGGGGCACGCUGAGUCGCGAUGCGUUGCAUUCCGACCCCGUGGGCGCCGGCGAAGCGAGCCAAAAAGCGGCUUCGAAGCGCAGCUCGGACCUUGGCUAUUACUCGAGCAGCGGCUCGAAUGUCGAGAGGAGGGAAGGUGAGCACGAGUCGAGGCAGGGCAAGGCGGGUGAUUCGGCUAGGAGGAGGGGCCAGGCGCACGGCGAGGACAGGCCGACACGCAAAGACAGUGGCAAGGACGGCGCGACGCUGUUGCUUGAGGGCGUGAUUUACAAGUACAAGGGGACCUUCAGAGGUUGGAAGAAGCGCAAUUUUAGGCUGUGCAGCGACGGGGUGUUGAAGUAUUAUCGAAGGGCGAAGGAGAGAGGAAGGAUAAACAUACUUACGUCGGUCGUUGCUUUGUCGAGGAGCAAUUCUCGCCGGUUUGAAGUGGAUACAGGGAAUUCGGUGUUUCAUUUGAAGACUCUCAACAGCGAAGACAGGAGCGCGUGGAUAGAGAAGAUAAAGUUCGUCCAGGCGGCGAACGCUAUGAGACAGAACGUCAUAAAAUCCCAGAAAAUGUCGGACGAUAUAGAAGGUCACCUUGCGGUGGUGGAUUCGAAAAUUUCCGUGCUGAACGCGGCUUACAUGCUGUUUUGCAAAAAGUUUGACGAGUUGAAGCAGAAGGGUUUGGCGGGAGAGGUAGCGCCGCAAGACAGGAGCGAGGGCGCGACGAAGGUGGCGAAGUCUUUGAGAGACGUCGAGGUGGUGCGAGAUUCCGUGGGGCAGAUCAUAUACAUUUGCGAGGAUUUGUCCAAGCAGUUGAGGGAUUUGUACAGUUGCCAAAAGGAGAUGAGGGAGAUGGAGAAGCAGGAGAAGUUGGCUGCGGGGGCGCUGAAGAUGAGGCCUUUGUCGGAGACGGAGUUGGAGGAGACGAUAGAGAAUACUGGGUUGGUUAUAGAGGGGGCGGAGUCUGAUAGCGAGGAUUACUUCGACGCGGAGUUUGAAGACGACAACAUUAUUGAGUCUUCGGCUGAUUCGUGCGACAUGAGUUCAGAGGAAUACGAGUCGAAUUUUGAAGGCGGGAUGCAGCCGGUGUCUAAGCCGUCUAGGGGCAUGUAUGUAUCGGGGGAUACAUUGUGUCGACGCAUGUCACGUUUGCACCAAUUUGGGUCUUCGAUGAAACUAACAAGCGUAACAAAGGUGAGCUUAGAAGAGACGUUAUCGAGCGUUCCGGCGGACUUUGUGCCGAGAAGGUCGUUGCCUUCUUGCAGCGUCAGGGUGAGCGGAAUGGCGCUGGUGAAGAUUCUUAGGGAUUCGAUUGGUAAGGAUUUGUCGAGAAUCACUAUUCCGGUGCAGUUUUCGGAGCCCAUCAACAUGAUGCAGAGGCUGGUCGAGGACUUCGAAUACGCGGAGAUUUUGAACGAGAUGGCGAAGGAGAGGGACUCGAUGAGGCGUUUGGUGAUGAUGUGCGGGUUCGCCGCGUCCGGAUACGCGUCCACGCUUGGCCGACUGGGGAAGCCGUUCAACCCGUUGCUGGGCGAGACGUACGAAUUGGUGAACGCCUGCAAGGGGAAGUGCUUCAGGUCGGUGAGCGAGCAAGUUUCCCACCACCCGCCGGUGUCGGCGUGCGUCGCUGAGGGGCAGGAGUGGACGGUGCAGGGGUACAUGUUGAUCAAGAACAAAUUUUGGGGCAAGAGCAUCGAGAUUUACCCGACCGGGGGAAUGACUUGCAGAGUGCCGAAGUACGGCGACAUGUUUUCGUGGAACAAGGUGAUCACGUGCGUGAACAACGUGUUGAUAGGGUCUAAGUGGAUCGACAGCUACGGCGAGAUGACGAUCGUGAACGACACGACACAAGAGAAGUGUCUGUUGGACUUCAAGCGUCGAAAGUGGUGGGGCGCCGGGGCGUACGAGGUGAGCGGAGAGGCGUACAACAAGGAGAACAAGUUGAGGUACCAAAUUGAGGGUCACUGGAACGAGGAGAUGAAGGCGUAUCCGGUGGAAGAGGACGGAACGAGGGGUCCCGGAUUCACGGUUUGGAAGCGCCACCCGCCUUUGGAGGACGCGGAGAAGCAGUACCAGUUCACGGAGUUCACGAUGCAGUUGAACGAGCUUCCGGAUUGGCUGAGGCCGUUGUUGCCGCGCACGGACACCCGGCUGAGAACGGACCAAAUGGCGAUGGAGAACGGAGAGUUCGACUUGGCGGCGAGCGAGAAGUCGAGGCUCGAAGUCGAACAGCGAAACAGGAUGAAGGAGAUUUCGGAAGAGGAUUGGGUGCCGAACUGGUUCGAAAAGGACCAGAACGGUAAAUGGACGUACAAGGGUGGGUAUUGGGAGGCUAGAAAAGAGAGGAAGUGGCCCCCGACGCUACCCGAGCUUUUUUGAGGUACUGUGAGCACGAGGCCGCGUUUUGGUUGGCAGAUUCUCGAGGGUGGGUGUUGACACAUGUCAAGGGUGGGCGGGUGGAGCCCUUGCACUAGGCUAGAUAUGGGCCUUCGUGCGCGCGGUGGGGUACAUAUUUUGGCGGUUUCGUUCAAUGAACAGAGCAGGUGUGUGAUUUUUUGAUCAGAGAAGGGGGGUGAGGUCUCGACGCUCGAUUUUCAACUUCGCCUGUCAGGUUUUUUUUAUUAUUAUUGUUAUUAUUAUUGACUGAAUGGAUUGGAUGGCGAAAUAUUUUGCGGCGUUUUAGGGUGGCGCGAGCGAGUUUGGCGGAGGUUGCAGACGCGUUCGCUCGUGCGCUUGGAGGUGGGCGUGGCGGGAGUUUCGAGGCGGUUGGCGAUUGCGGGUGUGGGGCGCGGUGCAGGUGGGCGUUGGAGCGCGAG